AUGGCCAAUCGAGUGAGGCUUUUUUUGUGGUGUUUACUGCUUCCGCUGCUGCGACAUGGAGGUCAGGUCCUGUCACCGUUGCCGGUGCGUGUUCUGCCGUACGACCAGUGCGAGAGGCCAACGGGAUCCAGGACGGUGCACUUCGCUCGACAUGGCCAAGCGGAGCACAACGUGGCACUGGCUCAAGGAAGAUCUGCGCCACAACAUGUGGAUUCUAGGCUGACGAAAUGUGGCGAGGAACAGGCAGCGGGCAUUGCGAGGACAUUGGAGAAAGAUGCUGACUGGCCCGAUAUCGUUCUAACAUCGCCUUUGAGGCGCUGCUUGAGAACAGCCCUUCUGGCCUUCCGGCCGAAGGUUGGUUGUGUUUUGGCUCUCGAGGAACUCCGCGAGCUGGUUUCAGCGUCGCCGCACAACUCACGCCGCCCUGUUGAAGAGCUGAAGAUGGAGUUCCCUCAGGUAGAUUUCUCCCGCAUCUCGACGACUCAUGAUGGAGUAUGGCACCAAGAUAUGGAUCGCGAGUCGAGGCAGUCGUGUGCAAAGCGAGCCCGGCGAUUUCUUCGGAGAAUCCAUGCAGAGGAGCCGAUUUGCUCUGCAGCAAAAUUGGCGGCCUCUCUUGAUGGCAGCAUGGGAGGACACGGAAGUUUCAAGGGUCCCGGUCCUGUUGGAAGGCCUGGUGCUAAUCCGAUCCUGACAUAUCCAAAAGAUGCACCCUUAUUCGAGAGAAACUUCCGGACAUGGUGGUCACAAGGCGAGCUGCGCUCGGUGGCUUUACAGCCCACAUGGUCCUCAUCUUGA